AUGUCUUACGUACCAUGCUUUCACUGUGACUCAGCCGGGAGCCAGCCACUCCGAUCUUGCCAUGCUCCGCGUCCGCCUCCGCCCCUUCCGCGCCCUGCGCUGGGUCCGCCAGAUCUCUGUCAACGACCCAGAGGUGCAUGGCGAGUUGAUGCGGGAGUUUGAUCGCUACGAGCGCGCUCUUUGCAGCAACAAUGUGGAGGAGUUGGACGGCCUGUUCUACAACAGCCCAGACACAGUUCGCUAUGGCACAAAUGAAAACCUCCAUGGUUACGAGGCCAUCCAGAAAUUCCGCAGUGAUCGCGCACCACCCGGCCAGCGGACUAUCUUGCACUCCUCCGUCACAACGUAUGGGAAGGAUUUCGGAGUGGCCCACGUCAUGUUCCAGCGUGAAGGGACACGCAUCGGUCGACAGAGCCAGACAUGGAUGAGAACGCCUGAUGGCUGGAAAGUGAUUUCCGCGCAUGUAUCGCUGAUGGCUGGGGAGUGAGGCUGCCCGAAACAGGACGCAUCAGGCUGCCCUUGUC